AAGAAGAAGAACCACGCCUUCUGCACCAUCCAGUUAUUUUUUUUACCGUACUGGAUGAAUUGCACAGCGGCCGUUAUUUAUUCGUGCUGUGUUGAAAGACGUAGAAAAUAUUUUUAUAUUUAGCAGGAACGCCAAGCCGUAAACAUGGGGGAAACCAGACUACCGCGUCAUAUGUUUUUAUGGAGUAUGGCAAUUAUUUACAUGUUUGCUUUUGCAUCCCUCUAUGUUCAGAUACCAGGUCUCUAUGGCAAUGAGGGGGUCCUGCCUGUGCGCCUGGUGGAGCCCCGUGUGGACGGCUCCAGGCCAGUGUUGGAGCAGAUACAUGCCCACCCCUCCCUGCUGUUGCUGGGGCCCUGGCUGGGUCUGGACCUGGACGCCCAGCAGGCAAUGGAGCUCCUCUGCCUGGCGGGGGCUCUCUUAGCCCUGGGAGCAGCCCUACUGGAGCCCCUCCGAGACAGCCUGGUCUUCUUCUGCCUCUGGGCCCUCUACCUCUCCCUCUGUCAGGUGGGUCAAGACUUUCUGCGUUUUCAGUGGGACAGUCUGCUGUUGGAGGCGGGCUUCCUGACUGUGCUCGUCGCGCCGCUCAACCUCCUGCGGUGGCGCUCGGCAUUCCGUCAGCAUGACGCUGUGACCUUCUGGCUGGUGCGCUGGCUCCUGUUCCGCCUCACCUUUGGCUCCGGUGUCGCCAAGCUUGCCAGCCACUGCCCCAGCUGGUGGGGGCUCACUGCGGUGAAACACAUUUUGAGGCCAGGAAUCCCCCUGCCCUGGUCCUGGUUCAUCCAGCAGCUCCAGACUAUGCUGUGCCCCCCUCUACUUCGCCCCCAUCCGCCACCUCAGACUGGCACCUUCUACAUUCAGGCAGUGUACCAGGUGAAGUUAAUGUUCGUGGGGAACUAUGGCUUCCUCCCCUUCCUCUCCCUGGCUCUGACUUUCUCCCUGUUGGACGACGACCAUAUCAGCUACUGGCUGGGCCACGGCAAGAAGAAGAGCGCCAAGACCUGGCACCAAACCAUAAUGUCAUUGGUGUUGCUGUCUGUAUUUGCUGCCAUCAUCUAUGGAACUAAAGUGCUCUUCACACUGGAGAUUGACUGGGAGGCCAAGUCUAUUACCUCUAAAACCGCCUUCACCCAGCAGCAGUUUGGCAAUUGGUUGAAGCUUGUGACAGGACCCACUAUCUGGGUAGGAGUUCUCUCUCUCACCUGGGAGGUGGUGGCAGCCAUGCUUGGGUGUGUGUGUGUUAGAGGGUGCCUCUGGAAGCUCUGGGGUCUUGUCCAAUGGGCUGUCAUUGCCUCUGCUGCAGUCGCCGUAUUUGCUAUCAGUGUGGUGCCCUACUCGUCCAUGGAGCAGGUGUACAGCAGUAAGAUCCUCCCGGAGGUUAGACAGGCCUACAGCCUAGUGGAGCGCUAUAGACUGGUCAGUGCCUACAGCCUGGACAGCAGGAUGACUGGGGUGGACGGGAGGUCAGAGGUCGUCCUAGAAGGCAGCAUGGACAAGAAUACCUGGACCGAGAUAGAGUUCAUGUACAAGCCGGGGAACGUGGGCGUGGCCCCUCCAGUGGUGGCCCCCCACCAGCCACGGUUAGACUGGCAGAUGAGCCAGGCAGCCCAGGGACUGGCCGAACAGAGCCCCUGGUUCACAAGCCUAGUGCACUGCCUACUGCAGGGCAAGAAGGAUGUGGUGAGACUGAUCCAGACAGACUCAGCCCAAUACCCAUUCAGCCAGGCCCCUCCGGUCUACCUCCGAGCCAGCCUCUACCGGUACUGGUUCACCCAGACCACACAGGACGGGUCUGGUCCUAAUGAGUGGUGGAGGAGAGACUAUUCAGAGGAGUUCUAUCCUGCAGUGCAGCUGGGUGGCCCUACUCUGGAGGCCAUGCUCAACCAGCACGGACUCAAGGAGAAGUUCCCGAUUCAGCCCAGUCCUGACUCGUCUCUGGCCCAGGCUCUGAAGCAGGUACGGGGCCACGUUCAGACUCUACCCGGACACCUGGUGCUCUGGUCCCUCCUGGCCACUGUCGCCACCAUCUGGCUCUUCAAAACCCUGCUCUCUGGGGUCCUGAGGGGCCGAAAGGCUAAACCCACUCUAGCCGAACCCAAGGCCAAGAAGGCUAAGGUCCAGACAGCAGCGAAAAAUGCCUCGGCCUCCAGUCUCAAAGCAGAGAGGGAGAACUCUGAGGAGAGUAGACGGGAUGCCGACAAGAGCACUAAGAAGAGGAAGUGAUGUGGGACUGCUGCCAUGGGACUUCCUGUUACGUUCUUGUUGUUGCCCCUUGUCUCGGGAUGGAGGCUGGAGAGAAGGGGUGUUACCUUCAUGUAAAUCUCAGGUGUUUCUGACCAGCUCUUUCUACAGUAACUACCAAUCCAACCAGCUCUGUGACUCGGAGACCACCACUGUGGCCUUGUAUUCAGUCAGUUCUCUCUCUCUCACACACACACACCCAUAUAUUGUACAUACACAAGCAAAAAUGUCUAUUUUCUCUGUGCCUCCUUCCGUCACCAUAUUCUCAGGUCAGCCUAUGGAUGAGUCUUCAGACAUGCCUACGGGCGAGUCCCUGACAUCACAGUACAGUGGUGCUUUGUUAUGAGCUGUUUUUGGGCUUUGCCAUCUGUCCUUCAGGGAACACUUUAUCUGAAUUCUGGGAAUGCAUUCAUACAUUUUAACGGUUGUUGUCCAACAUUUUUAAUCUUGUGCUAUAUCUUUAAUAUGAUAUUUAGGCUGGGUGCAGUUAUUGUACCUCAGUGAAACUUUUCAUGCACCGCAUCAGACAGACUUUUUUUAAUGUCAAGUUGUCAACAGUGGUUCCAUGUAAUGAUAUCUAAACCUGGGUCCUCUAUCCCGACCACGAGAAACUGUAUAGCGACAUCGUCAAGAAUACUGUAUUCUGAAAGCUUUGUCCUGCUAAACCUUUUGCCUUAGGAAUCUGUGGAUUGCUGUUCAAACUUCAAAACCCUUCGUCGCAUUCUUCUUAACAGCUGAAAUGCAUAACUGCUCCGAAGAAAUCUUUAUAUUCCACAUCUGUGUACAUUUCUUGAGACAUGUAGUAUUACUUAAGCUUAGUGUAUUCGGUUAAAGCACUGCUGCAAAAUGACUGGGCUCUAAGGAGAAAUUCGAACCCCUAGAGCCCAGUCUACCAGUCUAUCGCUGAGGCGGUACAGAUUGUGCGAUUCAAAUGUAAAGGUACUUUUUACUGGUCAGUGUUUAAAAGAAAUCUUGGCUGUAUAUUGAAACUGAACACUUAGAUUUGACAAACUACAGAUGGAAAAAGACUGAAAGGACACUUUCUAUCUUGUCAAAUCUAGUUGAAAAGGUGGGCUUGUCGAUACCAGGUAAACUAACAGGUCUGCAUGUUAUGUUAAAGGUCAACAACAACAACAAAAAGGGACGGAGUCUGUGGCUUUGAGCUUCAAUCCCCGUUUUUACAUUUGUGGGUUCAAUUAUUUUAGUGAUUCGACCUGGGCUGAUUUUCUAUAGGAACAGACACCUUUUUCAGAGAUCAAUGACCAAUAUGUGGUGCUCUUUGUUUAUGCAUUUAUUCAUGACAAAUGUACAGAGACGUGUUCAGUGUGAAAGAGCCAGUGGCUCUCUGGUAAGGAUCUCACCAAUAUAAGUAUGGGGUUGUGUUGACACUCAGUAAUGGUUGGAAGGCUGGUAGAUGUCAUGGGGGUGAAUCCCUGGGGUCUCCUCCUAUGAAGAAACUCCUGGGGGAAAAGGUGGGCACUUCGUUUUUAAAUAUAUUCUCAUUUAUAAAAAGAAGUGCCCACUUACAGGAGUAUCUCCAUAAGCACUGCUCUUUGCUGUCUGUAUCACAGAGGGAAUCCUAAGAAUUUGUUCCCUCUGUACCAUAAUUUGUUCCCUUCUGCCAAUGCCACCUUUUAUGUGGCAGCCACUCCAAG